AUGAUUUCAACAAUCGGCACAACAACAAUUCAAGCCGCGAACGGCGGGACUCUGUCCACAACAACAACACCAAACUCGUUAGUUAUGAAUCCUACGUCAAUGUUGGUAGAAAUGAAAAGCUUCAUUCCUUCUUCAUUUACUUUCGAAACAGAAAUCCAGAAGAUAAAGCAAGAACUUUUAACAAGUAAUUUAGACUGUAGUGCGAAAGAUGAAACAAAUGAACAGUAUCUUUAUGAAAUGCAGGACAUUAUUGACCAUUUACCUAAACUACCUGAAAUUCAGCAUCAAAAACUAACUAUUCCUGAAUUCGAUGAAAUAGAAGUGAAACCAACUGACUCAGUAGAAAUAAAGAAGUUCAUUCGUAAAGUAAAUUAUGAAUUCCUUGGUUUUCAUUGCAACCAUAAAGUUAUGGACAAAGAUUGCGACAUGGUUUAUAAGAAUGUUUCUGACAUAUAUAAAUCUGAAGAAUUUAAGACAUGA